CAGAACUUGUAGAAACGGACGGAUUGAUUGCAAGAUGAUUGAACCGCCGAAAUUCAUUGAUAAUGAUUCUUACAACGGCAGCCGGACCUUUACCUGGCUGGCGGACAUUGUGGGGCUGUCGGUUGAUUUGGUAAACUUUUUAAUCUGCCAAAUAUCGGCACUGUUUCUGGCCUCCCUCUUCCGAUCGGUGCUGCAUCCCUCGAAGGUGUCCAGCAAGCUCCGUCACACAUUCGCUUUGUCGAUCGGCCUCGCCUUUGGAUACUUUUGUUUCGGUCCCCAGGCCAUUCACAUCGCAGGACUUCCGGCGAUAUGCUACAUUGUUAUUCGAACCCAGGAUCCCCGCAUUGUUCAGAGAGCCGUCUUGUUGGUGGCCAUGAGCUACUUGCUGUGCAUUCAUCUGAUGCGCCAGCUCUAUGACUACGGAUCCUAUGCCCUGGACAUUACCGGGCCCCUUAUGAUCAUCACACAGAAGGUAACCAGCCUUGCCUUCAGCAUUCACGAUGGCUUUGUCCGCCCAGAAGAGGAGCUCACUAAGGCCCAGAAGUACCAUGCUAUUCGCAAAAUGCCCACGGCCCUGGAAUACUUCUCGUAUGUGUGGCACUUCCAGAGCAUUCUGGCCGGCCCGCUCGUCUUCUACAAGGAUUACAUCGAGUUCGUCGAAGGCUACAACCUGCUUCCUCCGCCCACUAACGGCAACAUAGACAAUGGAAAGGGAGAGGUGGUGCUGGAACCAUCGCCGACGAAGGCUGUGAUACGAAAGGUCAUUGGCAGUCUGGUGUGCGCCUUCAUAUUUAUGAAAUUCGUGAAAAUAUAUCCUGUGAAAGACAUGAAGGAGGAGGACUUCCUCGAGGACACGAGCAUGGUGUACAAGUUCUGGUACGCCAUGAUGGCGACCACCUGCAUCCGUUUCAAGUAUUAUCACGCUUGGCUCCUGGCCGACGCCAUUUGCAACAACUCAGGUCUUGGUUUCACGGGCUACGACAAGGAUGGCCAGCCCAAGUGGGAUUUGAUAUCCAACAUUAACGUCCUCUCUUUCGAGUUUUCGACAAACAUGCGCGAUGCCAUCCAGAACUGGAACUGCGGCACCAACCGCUGGCUGCGAACACUCGUCUACGAGCGAGUGCCGAAGAAGUACGGCACUCUGCUCACCUUCGCCCUCAGCGCCGUCUGGCACGGCUUCUAUCCGGGCUACUACCUGACCUUUGCUACCGGCGCCAUUGUCGUGACAGCGGCCCGCAUUGGCCGGCGACUAUUCCGCCACCGCUUCCAGAGCACGCAGUUCACGCGGAUGUUCUACGACAUCCUCACCUGCCUGAUCACACGGGUCACACUAGGCUACGCCACAUUCCCAUUCGUUCUGCUUGAAUUUAUGGGCAGCAUCAACUUGUACCUGAAGUUUUAUUUGUGCCUUCACAUCAUUUCACUAGUGACCAUAUUUAUUUUACCCAAGUAUAUACGCGGCGAGAGCAGGAGCCGCCAGAACAAUGCGACCGUGCGGCUGGCUGGUGCCGGCAAUGUCAAGGAUUCAGCAGCCACCGAAGGUGCUUCGGAGACAGCGCUGGUCGCUGGCAAUGAUCUCAAGGAGAAUGGGGAGGAGGAGGAGAUGGAUAAGCAUGCUCAAUGUAAAGUCAACACGCCAACACAACAGCAGCUACCAGCCGCUGAGCUUAUUAAUAAACACACAAACCGCACAAUCGAACAACAAACAACCAAGCAAUCCGAGCAAUCGAACAAUGUUAACCUUCGCCCACAGCAUCAUCCCGAGCAGCUGCUCCAGCAGCAGCCAAGUCAGGAGAAGAAGCCCGUGCUAACGUGCGCUCGCGACGCCGUAAGCGUUCCCCACGACCAGUGCGAGAUGGACCAACUGUCCAGCAAGCUGAAGGAGAAGCUCGAGGCCGAAACCAAAAACAUUGAGGAAUUUAUCGAUAAGACUGUAACCGAGACCGUUAGCGGCAUUGUUGAGUUCAAGAACGAUCUGAUGCGGGACAUUGAGUUCCCCAAACUGAAGUUGCCCGGCAGCAAUGCCAGCAACAACGGUUCCGUUCCUCUCGACUCAGCAACUGUUGGCGGCGGUCUGCGCAAACGUAACAUAUCCUCUGUCCAUGACAAUGGAACAGCAUCACCGACACCUGGUAAUCCUCAAUCGGAGCAUCAUGCCGUCAUCGAGGAGAACGGCUCUGCGUUUUUGAAGAAGGAGAUCGAUGUGAUUAAUGCGGUGGUGCAGCAGGCCAAUGUCCUGCCGGCGGUGCUUAGCAAUGGUCAUGCCAAAUAGUAGCAGCGACAGUCAAGUGUGGGAUCAACGACGAACGGAAACAACAAGAAAAGCAUAAAAGUAAACAUUAAAAUAAAUAACAACGACGAUGAUGGCACGGCAGGGAAUGGAGUGAAGUUAGGGAACAAAUUGAGUGCUGCAAACCUAGUUGAUUGAUUGAUUGAUGGAUAUGUUCAGAUUUUAACCCAAAAAAACACACACGCACACAACGCAAUACGCGGACACAGACAAGGAUACCUUUUGCUUUGACUUUUAAGUGUGGAGCGUCUGUCUAAUUUUUUUCUUAAAACUAGACCUAGUAGACCUGAAGUACAGAGAUUGUUUACACUGAAGUAAUUGUCUAGCGCGAAUUAGCCAAAUAAUUAAUAAGAAAUCAAUACACUUGUAUGUACAUUCAAUAUAUUAUUCAUCGAAAGCCAAAACCUUUGUUCAAAUUAACUAAAUGUGCACAAAACCUCUAAUUGUUGUUGAAAAAGAUCUAUGUACGUACGUUUGUAGUUGUUUGUUUGUUAAACAAAAACCGCCAAAGAUGCGUUUCAGGGCUAUGGAUCAGAUUUUAAACAUAUCCCGCUUACAUCACACUAUCAAUUGUAAAGAAAUUAGAAAAAAAAUAGACUUUUUAUCCUUCAUCAGUAAAAACACUAGCAGACUGAUUAUACAAAACACUUUUUGAAGAACCCAUACCCAUAGCCUUGAAGCGGAUUAUUGGUUCCAGUCCUUUUUAUUACAAAUUCCUCCCCCCUGCAUAUGUUGAUAUAUAUUUACGAUAUAGUCUAUGUGCGAGCAGCUAAACCCAAUUCUCAAUGUCAUUACUGUACUGUACUGUACUGUAGUUCAAAUCCCGCCCGAAGGAACCGAGUAGAACCAACAAAAUCCUCUUAAAGCAAAAACGCUACAAAUAAAAGUCAACCAAAUCUUAACUUUAGACUGAAGCUAUUGACAAGAACUAAGCAAGAACUAAAAGUAAAAUUGCCAGGGCAAGAAAACAAAGCAAAUCCUGCGUAGUUAAAGUUAGUUAGUAAGCCGUCGAGUUGUUUUUGAUAUUCAAUUUGAUUCGAUUUUUGUACAACUGCGCAAGCGAGCGUGGAUAAGUAUCCUGCUUACUUCCACUUUAUAUACAUAUAUAUAUAUAUAUAAAAUAGAUAAAAACAAAUUAUACAAUUGGGUCUCUUCCAUCAUGCCCCUUUUUAUUGUUUUUGGUGAUCGUUCCCAUGUCCUCCACUUGUGACUUCCUACUCCGUAGCUCUUAAGCCAGCACCCUAUAUUACCUACUUUGUUUUACCCAUUAUUUUGUUAAUACCAAUAAACAAUUAAACUGCAAAUCCUCACAUAUAUAUUAUCCAUAUAUGAUGAACAUUAUAUAUUUUUAUAUUUUAUUUUUUUGUAAAACAAGAUUGGAAGAGAAGGCCACUCUUACGCAGCGCACCUUUGUUUCCUUUGUUGGGAGAGCUUUCCCGAGAAAGACUCCCACAGGCACAAAACGAAUAAAACAAACACUUGUGUUAUGCAGUCCACUUUCAGAUGCAAACACACCAGAUAUACAAAACCACUUUGAGCAUUGAUAUUCGACAAAUAAAUCGUAUGUGUAUUUUA